AUGGAGCUUGGGAAUAACCAACAACAGCAACAACAACAACAUAUUCAUGUGUUGGUGGUAGAUGACAGUGUCAUAGAUAGGAAGCUUUUGGAGAGGCUCCUAAGAGAUUCUUCAUGCAAAGCAGCCACCUUCCUGGAUUCUGGAGACAAGGCUUUGAAAUAUCUUGGCCUGCUCGAUGAUGAACUUGAUAAUGCUUCCUCAACUUCUUCAGAAUCAUUGCAACAAAACGGAAUGAAAGUGAAUAUGAUCAUGACAGAUUAUUGCAUGCCAGGAAUGAGUGGCUAUGAUUUACUGAAACGAAUCAAGGGAUCUUCUUGGAAAGAUGUACCAGUAGUCAUAAUGUCAUCAGAAAACGAACCAUCCAGAAUCAGCAUGUGUUUAGAAGGAGGGGCAGAGGAGUUUCUUUUGAAGCCUCUGCAGGCAUCAGAUUUAAAGAAGCUUCAACCAUGCUUUCUGAAAUGCUUUGACAAUUCUGGUGAAGAAGAUACCAGUAGGAACCCUGCAAAGGAAAAGCAACAAAAUCAAAACGUGAAUGAGGAACUCUGGAAGACAUAA